CGGACCCUGCCGAUUUGACCUCCACACCGCAUGAGUGGCUGGUCUCAAGUCUUCUGCAGCUGGCUCCUGAGUUCUCGCACCAGUUUAUGCGCACACGUUGAAAUGAUGGGCUUGUGCAAUUGUUGGCACAAGAAUGAACAGAGACUAUUCGAUCACAUAGUAUCUUAUGGUGCUCUAUGCAGGCGACGGCGGUGGUCAGCACCCAGGACUUCCAGCAAAAAGUGGAAUGAAUCCCAGGGAGCUCGUUCGCAGAGAAGACAUGAGCGCAUCCCAGCUUUCAGGACUUCCAGCAGUGAGUGGGAAGUCGCAGACGGUUCGUUUGCGAAGAAGACAUCAGCCCAUCCCAGAUUCUGGACGUGGACUAGAGUCGGUUUAGUUUAUAGUUUCUGAUGUUAUGUAAUUUUUAAUGGCCAUUUUUUUGUUGACGUGAGAGUUCAUUGCAAUGACUCUAGCGGUAGAACAUGCUUGCAAUUCCGAAUAUGACAACUCUUCUUGCAACUGGCUGUUUUCAGUCUCCAAUCUAUUUUUCUGCUUCACGACUAGACGCGACAUCCAACUCAAGGAAUACUUUCUUCGCAGUUGUUCGUACUUGCCAAUCUACUUCUGUAGUCCAAACGCGUGAUGACAAUCUUCAAGUUCAUAGUCGCAUUCCAGAUGAUGAAACGAGUUCCUGUCGGUCACAGGAACUCGUUUCAUCAUCUGGAAUGAAACGAGUUCCUGUGACCGACAUCACGUCUCCACCACGAGAUUCAAUGAGACGAGGUGGAACUGUAUCAGAACUUGAAACGAAUCCGAGUUCAGGCAUGAUUUGGAACCUUCUCACAGUGUUCGUGACAUGUGUUCCUUCUUGGCGUUCAUGCAAUUGAAAGUGAUUGUUGAUCAAUUUAGUUCAAAUUAGGAGCAUCCUGUUGACCUCAUGCAAAAUGGGUGCAUCGUUAGACUUGAAUCUAAUCUCCAGCCAAAGCUCACCUACAUCCCGAAGCUUUCUGCUGCUCCUCAACUUACAGCAACAGCUAGUGAGUAACAAUGACUUCUCAGAGAUAGGCUGACAGAUAAUCAACAAGAAGAAAGCUUACAGUCGGCCGAAACUUGCUGAAUUUGUAUAAGCAAGUUCUCACAUACGGAAACUUUACAGCGUUUGAGAUUCUGCUGUUAUAUUGCGUCUUUUAUUAUCCGAUUCGUAGACAAGAAGAUUCUUUAGAUUAAAUCCUGCAGUGGCGCUGUUUAUGCCCUGUGAUAGAAACUAGGAAGAUUGUAACUCGGUCGGAUAGAUGUCAUGACGAACUCAGAUUGGUUCCAUAUCCGUUACUGGAACCAUCAGUUGUCGUGCUCUUGUAGGAAUUUAGGGAAGUACCAGGCUCUCUUAAGAACCGUGCUUUUUAUUCUUUUCUCUACCCGUUCUUCACUCUGUUUGACAUUGAUGAAUCAAGACUUCAUACACUCCACUAACUUAUAUAAUUUCCAGGUCUUCCAAGGAAGACAUUACUUCUGACUUUGUUAGACAUUUUGCAACGAAACUCAAAGUUAUAACUGCACAGAGUUUACAAGGACACCAACAAUAAUGCAACUGC